AUGCCUUUCCCCUACGGCCUCUUUUUGGUUGCCAUUGUGACGCAAACAGCAGCCCAGAGACAACCUGAUAUCCCUUACCAGGUUACUGCUGACUAUCCAGCCGGUUGUUAUGGAGGACCUGGUCCAGGGGAGGGAAGCAACAUUGCCGAUCUUCAAGCGCCUUGCUGCAUUUACAACGUGAAGGGAUACACAGUCGGUGCAAGAGAAGCUCGGGUUUAUAGAGAAACUGCCGGUAUCAUACUCAACACCAACAGGCAUAAUUUAGCUGGCACCAUGCAAAUAAACGUCACUUUGAUGUUUAACAUCUCCCUGCUCCAACCCAGUUCAUCGGUGCCGAA